GCAACAGGUCCUCAGGGUUCAUUAAAGGAAGAUGCCAAAAGCUCUCUUCAGAAAAGCUUUGGGGUUCUUAAUGAAGCCAAGAAGUUAGCAAAUGAUGUAAAAGAAAAUGAUGACUAUCUGAAUGGCUUAAGAACCCGAUUAGAAAAUGCAGAUGUUAGAAAUGGUGAUCUCCUGAGAGCUUUGAAUGACACUUUGGGAAAAUUGUCAGCCAUUCCAAAUGACACAGCCACUAAACUGCAAGGCGUUAAGGACAAAGCGAGACAAGCCAACGACACAGCAAAGCAUGUGCUGGCUCGGAUUAAAGAUCUCCACCAGGACCUUGACGGCCUGAAGAAAAAUUACAAUCAACUAGCGGACAGCGUAGCCAAAACAAAUGCGGUGGUAAAAGAUCCUUCGAAGAACAAAAUCAUUGCAGAUGCAGAUGCCACUGUGAAAAAUCUAGAACAAGAAGCUGAUCGUCUAAUAGAUAAACUCAAACCCAUCAAGGAACUUGAGGAUAACCUAAAGAAAAACAUUUCUGAGAUAAAGGAACUGAUCAACCAAGCCCGGAAACAAGCUAAUUCUAUCAAAGUAUCUGUGUCUUCCGGGGGUGACUGCAUUCGAACAUACAAGCCGGAAAUCAAGAAGGGAAGCUACAAUAAUAUCGUUGUCAAUGUAAAGACAGCUGUUGCCGACAACCUCCUUUUUUAUCUCGGAAGUGCCAAAUUUAUUGACUUUCUGGCUAUAGAAAUGCGUAAAGGCAAAGUAAGCUUUCUCUGGGACGUUGGAUCUGGAGUUGGACGUGUAGAGUAUCCGGAUUUGACUAUUGAUGACUCAUACUGGUACCGGAUUGAGGCAUCAAGAACUGGGAGGAAUGGGACCAUUUCUGUGAGAGCCCUGGAUGGACCCAAAGCCAGCAUCGUGCCCAGUACAUACCACGCGGCAUCUCCUCCAGGGUAUACGAUUCUUGACGUGGAUGCAAACGCAAUGCUGUUCGUUGGUGGCUUGACUGGCAAACUGAAGAAGGCCGAUGCUGUACGCGUGAUUACAUUCACUGGCUGUAUGGGAGAAACGUACUUUGACAGCAAACCUAUAGGGUUAUGGAAUUUCCGAGAAAAAGAAGGUGACUGCAAAGGAUGUACUGUCAGUCCUCAGGUAGAAGAUAGUGAGGGGACUAUUCAAUUUGAUGGAGAAGGCUAUGCGUUGGUCAGCCGCCCCAUUCGCUGGUACCCCAACAUCUCAACUGUCAUGUUCAAGUUCAGGACAUUUUCUUCAAGUGCUCUCCUUAUGUAUCUUGCCACGCGAGACCUGAAAGAUUUCAUGAGUGUAGAACUCACUGACGGGCACAUAAAAGUCAGCUAUGAUCUGGGAUCAGGAAUGGCUUCCGUUGUCAGCAAUCAAAACCAUAAUGAUGGGAAAUGGAAAUCUUUCACCCUGUCAAGAAUUCAGAAACAAGCCAACAUAUCAAUUGUAGAUAUAGAUACUAACCAGGAGGAGAACCUAGCAACUUCAUCUUCUGGAAACAACUUUGGUCUUGACUUGAAAGCAGAUGACAAAAUAUAUUUUGGCGGUCUUCCAACACUGAGAAACUUGAGUAUGAAAGCAAGACCAGAAGUAAAUUUGAAGAAAUAUUCUGGCUGCCUCAAAGAUAUUGAAAUUUCAAGAACUCCAUAUAAUAUACUCAGUAGCCCUGACUAUGUUGGCGUUACCAAAGGAUGUUCACUGGAGAAUGUUUACACAGUCAGCUUCCCCAAGCCUGGUUUCGUAGAGCUGUCCCCUGUGCCGAUUGAUGUAGGCACAGAAAUCAACCUGUCCUUCAGUACCAAAAAUGAGUCUGGGAUCAUUCUCUUGGGAAGUGGAGGGACACCAGCUCAACCUCGUAGGAAACGAAGGCAAACUGGACAGGCCUAUUAUGCGAUAUUCCUAAACAAGGGCCGUCUGGAAGUGCAUCUCUCCAUGGGGACACGGACAAUGCGGAAAAUUGUCAUCAAACCAGAGCCGAGUCCGUUUCACGACGGGAGAGAACAUUCUGUUCAUGUUGAGAGGACUAAAGGCAUGUUUACCGUUCAAGUCGAUGAAGACAGAAGGCAUAUGCAAAAUCUGACACUAGAACAGGCAAUUGAAGUUAAAAAGCUUUUCGUUGGGGGUGCUCCACCUGAAUUUCAACCGCCCCCACUCAGAAAUAUUCCUCCUUUUGAAGGCUGUGUAUGGAACCUUGUUAUAAACUCUGUCCCCAUGGACUUUGCACAGCCUGUGUCCUUCAAAAAUGCCGACAUUGGUCGUUGUGCCCACCAGCAACCCCGUGGGGACGAAGACGGAGGAAUUCCAGCUGAAAUAGUUAUCCAGCCAGAGCCAGUGCCCACCCCAGCCUUCCCUACACCCACCCCAGUUGUGGCACAUGGUCCCUGUGCUGUGGAAUCAGAACCUGCUCUUUUGAUAGGGAGCAAGCAGUUCGGGCUUUCAAGAAACAGUCACAUUGCAAUUGCCUUCGAUGACACCAAAGUUAAAAACCGCCUCACAAUCGAGUUUGAAGUGCGAACUGAAGCUGAAUCAGGCCUGCUUUUUUACAUGGCUCGGAUCAAUCAUGCUGAUUUUGCUACUGUUCAAUUGAGAAAUGGAUUGCCCUACUUCAGUUAUGACUUGGGAAGUGGGGACACAAACACCAUGAUCCCCACCAAAAUCAACGAUGGUCAGUGGCACAAGAUUAAGAUUGUGCGAAUUAAGCAAGAAGGAAUUAUUUAUGUAGAUGAUGCUUCCAACAGAACCAUCAGUCCCAAGAAAGCUGAUAUCCUGGAUGUUGUGGGGAUACUGUAUGUUGGUGGACUGCCCAUCAACUACACUACCCGAAGAAUUGGUCCAGUGACCUACAGCAUUGACGGCUGCAUCAGGAAUUUUCAGAUGGUGGAGGCUCCUGUAGAUCUUGACCAACCAACCUCCAGCUUCCAAGUUGGAACGUGUUUUGCUAAUGCUCAGAAAGGAACGUAUUUUGAUGGAACAGGUUUUGCCAAAGCAGUUGGUGGGUUCAAAGUGGGAUUGGACCUUCUUGUAGAAUUUGAAUUCCGCACAACUAGAACCACUGGAGUUCUUCUGGGAAUCAGCAGCCAGAAAAUGGAUGGAAUGGGUAUUGAAAUGAUUGAUGAAAAGCUUAUGUUUCAUGUGGACAAUGGUGCCGGCCGAUUCACUGCUGUCUAUGAUGCUGGGAUCCCAGGGCAUUUGUGUGAUGGACAAUGGCAUAAAGUCACAGCCAACAAGAUCAAACACCGCAUUGAACUGACAGUAGAUGGGAACCAGGUGGAAGCCCAGAGCCCAAACCAAGCAUCUACAUCAGCUGAUACAAAUGACCCUGUGUUUGUUGGAGGUUUCCCAGAUGGCCUCAAUCAGUUUGGUCUGACAACCAAUGUUAGAUUUCGGGGUUGCAUCCGUUCUCUGAGGCUCACGAAAGGCACAGGCAAGCCACUGGAGGUCAAUUUUGCCAAAGCCCUGGAACUAUGGGGCGUUCAACCUGUAUCGUGCCCAGCCAACUAAUAAGUUUAACUCCAAGAAAGGUCCUACAAAAUAAGUAUAGCAAUUAAACAAAUAUAUCUUACCUAUAUAUGUUAUUAAAACUAAUUUGUGCAUGUAUAUUGAAUUCUUUCUAUACUCAGAUGGUGCUAAUUCAGAUACCAGACUGAAUUUAAAUUCAAGUCCAUGAAUAUUAAACCAAUUAUUUCAUUCUAAA